UCGAUGUAUCGUCUUCUCCAGAAGCAAUCGAUGUUCGCAGUCGUACAAAGAAAAUAGAAAUCAAAAUAAUAAUGAAGUGAUAUUCUCCACGAAAAAACGCGACAAAUUGUAUUUGUGGGCGCGUAUCGAGUGCCGGGCCAACACGGGACAACACGCCGCGCACAGUGCAGUUUGCCGCAACUCGAAACGCGGAUGCUGGCAGGCAGAGACACACAAAGACAACAGCAGCGCAGUGGCAAGAGCAAACGCAACGCAAAAGGCAGCAAACACAGCAAAGCAAAGAAAACGCAGAAAGCAGCAAGGGACUUUUUUUUGGAGGCUGCUACUGCCGUUUGGGGCUACAUUAGGCAAUAAAAGACACCAUCAUUGAGCACAAAAUUUGUGGCCCAAAAAUGAGCUGCAAGGUGCGGCUGAUGGAGGAUGGGUCGCUGGACGAGGAGCCACUAACCCUAAAGGAGAUCGCCUACCAGAAGCUAUGCAACAACCUGGACAUCAUCAGUGGCCUCCGUCCCGAUGGCCAGCGCUGCCUCAACUCGGGAAUUGUCCUGCCCAACGAGAUCUGUGACGGCUUCCUGGAAAACUAUCAGCGCUUCAACCGACCACUGGACGACAGCGUCAUCUGUCUCUUCGAGGACACGCAGCGCACAUCGCUCAAGAUCGUCAAUCUGCGCAACAGCACGCUAAGCAGCAUUGGCCUAGAGACCUUGAUGCGCCACAAGCUAUUCGCGCUGUCCAUGUGGUACUGCGACACGAUCACGGUGCGAUCUCACCACCUGCUAGCACACUACGGCGACAGCUUGCGCUCGUUGGAGCUGGGAAUCAGUUCCCAUCUGCUGCAGUAUGCGGAGCCUAACGAGAAAGAACCGGUGGACUUUCAGCUGACAUGUCCGCAUCUGCGGCGUUUGGUUCUCAACGGCGUGGUAAUGCACCACCGACUACAGUUCGCCCAUUUGCAUGAUCUGGGGCACUUGGACCUCACGUCCUGUGUGCUGGCAAACUUCAGUUUGGAGGCAUUGGGUUCGCUGCCCAACUUGCACACGCUCAUCCUGUUCAAUGUGUGGCCCAUUGCCAACCAGCUUCACGCCAUCUGCUGCCUGCGGCGCUUGUGCACUCUUGACAUAUCCAUCUCCAGUUCCGGUAGUGGGCAGGGCACCUACGACCUGCCCGACCAAACGCUGGAGAUGCUGAUGGACAACCUGAGACACCUGACUCACCUGGACAUCUCGGGAACGAAUUUGGCGGGUAACGGCGUAGCCACCAAGGAGUCGACGAGUGCCAGUGCUGUCGUACAGUCGUCCAGCAGCACCAAGAUGGAACAGAAUUUUGCCCUCACCGACAUCCCGGGCUUGGCAUCGCGCACUCAGCGUCCACUACAGUUCCUCGGACUCUAUCACACAGCCCAUUGGGCCUGCAAAAGACACGAUAUCCCUGCUCUGGAAGUGGCCGGAGAUGCAAACGAGCAGCAGAUCCUCACGGCAGCGCGGUAUUAUCACGACAGACCCGUGCUUUUGACAAGGGUACUUAAUGACCUGUACCAUCUGUUUCGCUUCGAGAACUGCAAGGACAUACAUACAGCGCUGGAUGUAGUGCUCUCCGCCAUGGAUAGACACCUUAAGUUUAAGCACAUGCAAAUCUCCGGCAGUGCCACAUUAUUCUACAUUGUCAAGGGCAGAGACCGGUCAAAAUUUGGAACUCUAUUGCGGAACCACAUCAUUCGCACACUGCUCAACGGUAUGGAGAUGCAUCUCACGGACGACACCAUGUUACGGAAUGGUUACCUCACACUCACCCAGUUCCACAUGCCCGCCGAUGUGCUCUUCGAGUACGAGCGGCUCAUAAAGAUCCUGCUUCACGGCGUCUCCAAGACGGAACAGGAGGGAUUUGUUCAGCGCAUUGCCAUCUAUCUGCUGAACACACUGGCAUGUCAGGUGGACGGACGCCAGAAGCUCUUCUUGGGCGAGUUGGGAGUAGUUAGCACUAUGCUGACCCUGAUCAAGGAUCGCUUGACGCGCUCUGUCUUCGACGAUGUGAUGGAGGUGGCCUGGUCCACCAUGUGGAAUGUAACUGAUGAGACUGCUAUUAAUUGUAAGAGAUUCCUUGACGGGCGCGGCAUGGAGUAUUUCCUCAAGUGUUUACAUACCUUUCCGGACCGUGACGAGCUGCUGCGUAACAUGAUGGGCCUGCUGGGCAACGUGGCCGAGGUGAAGUGGCUCCGGCCAAAGCUGAUGACCCAGGAGUUUAUUGAGGUGUUCGCCCGCCUGCUGGACUCCCUGAGUGACGGCAUCGAGGUGGGUGGAUCUGAUGCUAGUGCGAGUUUGCUGGCGAGAGUGCGGGAGGGGGAGAUGGGCAGUGCUAACCAUGCUAACCUGCGCUUCCAGGUCAGCUACAAUGCGGCUGGAGUGCUGGCGCACAUCGCCUCUGACGGAGCCGACGCCUGGACCAUCAAGACGCCCAGUCGGGAGCAUGUUCUGGAGCGUAUGGUGGCCGCCAUUCAGCGCUGGAACAUCAAGAGCGAGCGCAACAUAAACUAUCGCAGCUUCGAACCGAUACUGAGUUUGGUGCGAUGCUAUGAGACGCCCCAAUGCCAGCACUGGGCCGUUUGGGCUUUGGCCAAUCUGACGCAAGUUUAUCCAGAGAAAUAUUGCCAGCUGGUGGAGCAGGAGAAUGGCAUCCAGAUACUGAAUGAACUCAUCGAGCACGAGACGCCCUACAGCGAGAUUAAGCGCAUCGCCCGCCUGGUCAUUGAGCAGUGUGACGCCGGAACGGAUCGCAUGGUCGAGGGCUAAGCACACCGAUUGGUUGUAGGAUAACUUAGCUGUAGACUUUGAGUUUGUUGUAAUGUUUUUUUUUCUCGUUUGCUUCCGUCGUUUCCCGUUUUGAUAUUCAAAUUCAGUGUUGUAUAUCGUUGGAGAGAAUUUAUCGUGAUUUUGAUGAUCUUUUCGAGACCAAGUUCGCGAGAAUAAGGAGAUUAUUCUGAAACACCACAAGCAAACGGAAAAUAUUCGAUUAUAUAUAUAUGAAUGAUAGAUUAUACAUGUAUAUGAUGUAUCCUUUCCUUGUUGUAAGCCAGAGCUCUAAUAAGAUCGCCAGAAGUGUAAAUAUUGUUAAAAACCGGAACCAGAAAGAUAGGAGAAAGCAGCGGAAAUAGUAGAAGGCUAGCAAGGUAACUGGAGAUUAAAAAAGAAUCCCUAAGAAUUAAAUUCGACCCGCGGAUCGAGUGUUUAUUCUCUAGAUAUACGGACAUAUAUAUACAUAUAUAGAUGAGUGUAAAUGAAUUUAAUUGUUCGAUCUGUUCCUAGAUUUGUGUUCAUUCUUCAAAGACCACCUAUUUUCGCCUUCGUUCGCAUCAUCCACCUUCGCUGCAUGGAGAAUCGUUCUAUAUAAUCUAGCUCUAUAAACUAGAACCUAGAACUAGAACCCUAGACUAGAUCGUAAGCAACUGUAAAUAAUUGCGUUCUCCGCUUGGCAGUAAUAAUAUUUAUAAUAACACUGUACGUUAUCCAUUAGUUACCUUAUGUUAUCGUAUGUAUAUUUAGUUUGAUUCAUAAGCGACAUCACGCCUGUGUCUUACACAAUAAUCCUUACCACCACCAUACCAUACAUUUAACCAACAACAACUGCAUCACCCGCUACAAC